GGAGCCAGGCCCCGGGCCGCCGCAGUCGCCAUCGCCGCCUCCCGCCAGCCCCGCACCAUGGCUGAGACGCUCUCCACCGCCACGUCCUACACCGAAGACGACUUCUACUGCCCAGUCUGUCAGGAGGUGUUCAAGACCCCAGUGCGAACCGCGGCCUGUCAGCACGUUUUUUGUAGAAAAUGUUUCCUGACUGCUAUGAGAGAAAGUGGAAUACACUGUCCCCUCUGUCGUGGAAAUGUAACUAGAAGAGAGCGAGCAUGUCCUGAACGGGCCUUAGACAUUGAAAAUGUCAUGAGGAAAUUUUCUGGUAGUUGCAGAUGCUGUGCAAAACAGAUCAAAUUUUAUCGCAUGAGACAUCAUUACAAAUCUUGUAAGAAGUAUCAGGAUGAGUAUGGCGUAUCCUCCAUCAUUCCAAACUUUCAGAUCUCUCAAGAUUCAGUAGGGAAUAGUAAUAGGAGUGAGACAUCUACGUCUGAUAAUACAGAGACCUAUCAAGGAGAUGCAAGUUCUACUGGGCAUCCCACAUUUAAGUGUCCCUUGUGUCAAGAAGCAAACUUUACAAGACAGCGUUUACUGGAUCAUUGUAAUAAUAGUCACCUCUUUCAGAUAGUCCCUGUGACGUGUCCUAUUUGUGUGUCUCUUCCAUGGGGAGAUCCUAGCCAGAUUACUAGAAAUUUUGUUAGCCAUCUAAAUCAAAGACAUCAGUUUGAUUAUGGAGAAUUUGUGAAUCUUCAGUUAGAUGAGGAAACACAAUAUCAAACUGCUGUUGAAGAAUCUUAUCAAGUAAACUUCUGAAGGUUGUAGUCAUCUGCAUCUUCUAUCUGCAAGUGCCAUCUUUGAGGGAAAAGCUACGUGAAUUCAUGUUCAGUAACCUGAUGUGUAUAUUAAUAAAAAGGAAUUCAGUCUACUCUUUUGUUUUUAUUGUAAAACAAGGAUAGACUUUUAAAAACAUUGUCUUUUCAUCCUUGAAAAAUGGAGGUUAUAGUAUUACUUAAAAAGCAUAGAGAGGAACUUUGGUGAUGGUGAAAAAUGGAGUCUGCUGAUGUAAAUGUUGUACCUUAUUCUUUUCUAUGUUAAGCUUUCUUGAAUUUCUCAUUUCUCAAUUUUUAAUUUGAUGCAGUUUUCCCACUUUAUUCAUUGUGCAGUAAAUAAUAGUAGCAAAUUUUUUUUUAAAUGGAUUAAACCCUUAUAAAUCUGAGCCAGUUAUUACUACUAUCAAAAUGGAAAUUUUGAGAAUUAAAUGGAAAGUCAUCUUUUCAUGUGAUUUGUAGCUGAAAAAUUAAUCUUAAAAUUGUAUUUAUAGAAUUUAGUAUUUUGAAGAGUAGUGAGAUUUCUUUAGUAAUAUUAAUACUUAAAGAAAGGAAGGUGAAUGUUGCCAUUCCGUUUCCUUAUGUUAAAAAUGUGGAGUGUUGCAUAGCUAUGUAACUUCCUUUUUGUCAUUGGGAAGAAAUUAUAUGCUAUUAUCAAAGGAAAAUUUGUUUUAUUUCUGUGGAAGACAGUUAAAAAUGGGACAGUUAAAAAUCUUUGACUGUCAUUGACCAUUAACACUGAAGAAACAGUUACUUGAGCAACCCUUGGUCCCAGAAUUUUAGUAGUAGUGAUUCUAAGUAGUUAUGACAGCAAGUGAGUUUAAUAGAACGUUUUUUUUUUCCUUUUGAAUUGGUGGUAUUACAUGCUGAUAAACAGGUAUUUAAAUGAGGUAUAUCCUCUUCUAUGUAUAUAAGAAAUUUUCUUUUAUUCAUAAAGGCUAAGGUGUAUGCUAUAUAUUUUUUGGCACUUUUGCGGGUGAUAUACAUGCACCGUUUAUCUGCUAGAUAUGAAAAAAAAAUGGAAAAGCAAUAUGGAGGUCAAAGGGUUUUUAUUGGAUUAGUUAAAUAUGUAUAGUCACCAUCAUUUCCAAAAACCCACUCAGAAACCAAAUGCCAGGUUGUCCAGUUGGCUGCUAAUACUUUUUUUGUGGGAGACGGGGAGGAGGGGGUCAGUUUACAUGCAUGUGGAGCACUCAUGGUUUAUGUCAAAAGAAAGUUAGACUAAAGCAACGACAAUAAAUUCUUAAGUCAGAAAGUCUGUCUCAGGACUUUGUAGUGACAGGAUUAUCUUUUGCAUUUUUUUGUUUUCACUUGUGGUGGGAGUGUUUACACAUGCAUCAUAAAUUACCUUGCACUGGAAGGCCUAAAUCAUAGAAUUAGGAUAAAGAGUGGACUCUGACAUUCCAUGCUAAUGUAUACUGUUUACGCUAUCUUAAAAACAGCAGAAAAUGGAAACCUCAAAAGUAGUUUGCUGCUAAUAUACAUAUUGUGUAAAAAAAGUCUAUUUUGGUUUUGUUAAAACCCUCAAUGUUAACUUUUCUACAGUGAACAUUUCUUAACUGAUUUAAUAAAGAUGUUAAUUUUGGAAGUGGUAUUUUGUAAAAAAAAAAAAAAAUUUUUAAGUCAAACAAGAGUAACUUAAUCAAUGGGUGUCCGCAAUAAUCACAUAGGAAGCCAUACACGUAAAUGAGCAUAGCCUCUGUUCUGUCAUUCCAAAGAGUGAAAGUUAACUACAUACUUGAACAUUAUCAUUUUGCUUACAUGCCCUUAGAAUUACAAUUAAAACUUUUCAAAAAAAACUUUGACCUAAUUUUCUUUUCCAGUUUGAAGCAAUAAGUUCAAUAGUUGAAUAAUUUAAAUAUAUCAUAGUAUUUUGAGACUUGGGGAACUUUAAAGGCCAACUGGCUAUGGUGUAUAAGUUGGCUGGUAGUUCAUUUGAUAGAAUUGCCUUUUGAAGCCUGUUUAGUUUGUGACUAAGUUAAAUGUCUGUAAUGUUUGAGGUGACUGUCUCUUUUUAUAUCUAUAAGACUUUACAUAAAUACAAUGUUAAUGUUUUAUGUUCCUAUUUGAGAAUACAGAGCUAAUAACAUUACUACCCUCGGAGGUUUAUUCAGGUACAAAGGGUAUGGAAUACAAAUUCUAAGACUGGGAAUAAAGGGACUGAAGCAAUCAGAAAUGAUAAUUUCAGAAUGUCUUCCAUUUGCUAAUGAAUUAAGGAAGGACUAAGGCUAAUGGGUUUACAAUACAAGUUCAGAAUGAAACUUGGGUGGGGGGUUCAUGCUCAAAUUUGAAAUGCUUAAAUUUCACCAUACCACUUAGGGAAACCAUUCUCUUCCACCAGUUACUUUGUAUGUUGUAAAACACACUGUUUUAUUUGAGAUGUAUUGAUUUAUUUUUCAAUUAAAAACUUUUCCCCCUUCUA